GAUGGUUUGCGGACACAGUAGAAGUUUAAUCAUGUAAUAGUUGCUCUCUACUCAGCCCCAGCACGGAGGAAUGGAUUGAGUAUGUGACUCGCAGGGACCGCGUUUCCAACAUUUUCUUUUAGGCUUCCAGUCCAUAAUUUUCUUAGUCGUAAAUGUUGUUAAAUUUACCCACUAUUUUCAUGAUGUCUGGAGAAGUAGGCCUAAAUCAUGUUGUAAGUCCCGUUAAAAGCUUCAUAGCCGGCGGCUUGAGUGGAAUGAGCGUAAUUGCAAUUGGCCAUCCAUUCGAUACGAUCAAGGUCAGGCUUCAGACCCAGCCCACCCCGGUCCAAGGUGCUGCCCCACUUUACCGAGGAGCAUGGGACUGUGCCAAGAAAACUGUCACAAAAGAGGGAUUUCAUGGUCUCUACAAGGGCAUGGUUACCCCCAUGCUGGGAGUGACCCCAAUGAAUGCUAUUUUCUUCUCUGGCUUUAGUAUUGGCAAGAAGCUUCAGACUCCAGGAGCAGAUGGGAAAUAUGGGUAUGAUCAGAUAUUCAAAGCAGGAAUGCUUGCCGGUGUAUUUACCACAGUCAUUGUUACCCCGGGAGAGCGCAUUAAAUGCCUUCUGCAGAUUCAAGCUGCGUCGACCGAGAAGGCCAAGUACGCAGGACCCCUAGACUGUGGCAAGCAGAUCUACAGGGAGUCAGGUCUCUUCAGGGGAUUGUACAAAGGGACGGCCAUUACGCUCAUUCGAGACGUACCUACUUCUGGCUUGUAUUUCUUGGUAUACGAAUGGGUCAAAGUUUCACUCACGCCAGCGGGUAAAAGCCCCGAGGACUUGAACCCAUUGCGCAUACUUUUUGCUGGUGGCAUGGCUGGAGUUAUUAUGUGGUUAGCCAUUAUCGCACCGGACAAUCUGAAGUCCAGAAUACAGACAGCCCCCGAAGGAACGUAUCCUCGAGACGUCCGUGACGUAUUCCCAAGGCUAAUCAAGAAUGAGGGAUUCCCUGCACUGUUCAAGGGUAUCACGCCCGUCAUGAUUAGGGCAUUCCCAGCUAGUGCGGUUUGUCUCCUCACCUAUGAACUUGCAAUGAAGUUCCUCAUCUGGUCGGCUUCCACUUUCUAAUGGCGUCACUGCCAUGACGACCUUCAUCAGGAAUUGCAUCCCUUAGGCUGAGAAGACGAAAGGAAGAACAAAGUCAGAUGCUGGAGAACUUAGGAGAACUGGAGACAGAAUACAGGAGGUAUUCAUGAGUUCAGAAUCGGACUGUUAAAAAGCUGUUGAUUGUUGACUGUAAUCACAGAAUAUAGAUGUGCAGCAGAACUUUGCAAAGCGGUUGAUUUCAUGCCAUGCCGUGAUUUCGAUUCCCUUGGAAUUGGAGAUGGAACACGGUCAUUGAUCAAGAGGUAAUGCCUCCCUGCACGUUAUCUGAUCCAGUGGACUUUGUUCUAUUUCUUUUAUCGUAAGUUGCUCAUGUCUCAGUAUUAUAAGAAAAGAAGAGUUCUUUUUUGUUUAUUUAUUAUUUAUUGGGUGGAGAACUGUAAAUGUUCCAAUGAAGUGGAAAUUUCUCAUUUACUGGCAAAUUAAGUAGUGCUGGUUGCUAACGUGCAAAUACAAGAUUGUAUUCCAUUUUUAAGCUGAAUGAAUUUUAUACAGAGAACUUUUCUUGGGGUUAACUGUAGGUAGCGCCUGAAAGUAAUAAACAUGACUGCAGAUUUUAUUGUCUGGCCUCCGGACCAAAAGACCCUGACUGUUUAGAGAGAUCUGUAGGAUCAGGUAGCCACCACUUUAUGAAAAGUUUAUCUCAUUGCUUUGAUAUCCCUGUACUGUUGUGAAUAUCUACUAAUUUGGUCGUGUGUAAAUUGGUACUCCUGGAUUUCCUCAUUUGAGUUGCAGUUUGGAAAAAAGCUCCCCAUUUUUUCUUGGUAUUCUUUCACAUAUUGAUCUCCACUUUUUCACAAGUGUGAUUUACGUUGACUGUUGAAACAUGGACGGGGGCUUUCACCUCAAAAUAGGAAAGGUCAACCCAGUCUUUCCCAGCGAUUAAGUCGUACUCUGUUUUCAUGGGUGAUGGAGACCUGCUGUCAUAAUUAUGGUUGAUAAGGCAAGGAAUUAACCAGAUUUUAGAGUGCAAGUUGAUUCACUUGGGCCAACCAUAUUGUGUGGAAAAUGUAGUGUAGGUUUGCUGUUGGUGAUGACAUUGUUUUUACGCAAUCUUCAGUGCUCAAAACAUAUAAUAUUUUUUAGAGAAACUUAUUUUUUUACACAAAUAUAGUUUUCUCUCAGGUUUUAGGACUGAAUUCACUAGGGCCAACCAUUUUGGUGAAAUGCUAAUGCCUUUUGCCGUGGUUGAGUGCUAUACGUCUAUAUAUUUCUUACACUGUAUUUUAAAUUAUCCGUCAACUAUGUAAUUUCAUAUCAGCCAGGGCUAUGGAUGCAAUUUUGCAAUUAUAAUGAUAUGUCUGCGUCUACAUGUAUGUUAAAUCUUUCAUUUCAAAGGAUGUGGAGUGUUCCAGAAUAAAUCUUUUGUGGUCAAAAUUU